CGCUCUGCCCGCGCUGCGGUUACGCGCUUCUCGGCUGGUUGCGGCGCUCGGGCCUCAGGCUGCACCAUGGACGUGAACCAGCCCAAGCAGGAGCAUCUGCUGGCACUGAAAGGUCCUGUUUCUCACUGAUAUUUGCAGCAUGGGGCAAGGAAAUUCUUGUAAAUAAGAUGUUUGAGACUAGACUUAUGAAUCCUCAUCAAGAGACUGUUCUUGUAAUUAAGAAUAACUGGAUUCCUACUGCACAAGCAUGGAAGUGGUCUUACAUUAUCGACCACAUCAGAGAGAUCUGAUGGAACUGCAGAAAUUUGCAGAAGCAGCAGUGAAGGAGUUUCCCAUUCGUCAGUUACCAAGAUUCACACCCUGGUUUCCAAAUGAUUUGUACAGACUUCCGCUCAAACCAAAAAAGCAACCACCUGUUAUUUCUUCUGAAGAAGUGGAAGAACUGAAACAACUUUCUACACCUUCAGAAUAUAUUGUAGACUCUCCUAAUUAUGACUGCACAAAAAAUCUCCUUGAAUUUCAGUCUGAUGUGAAUCAUGGGCAGACUUUAAUGCACACACAAAAUGGCCAUAGGCAAAUUAACUUGGAGAAUCAAGGAGAACCACCAUCUAAUGGAAAACAGAAAUUGAAAAGGUCUUGGAGUGUCUCUCUCUGUAGCCCUAAGAUUAAAGAAAAGAUUCUUCCUCUAUCUCAAGAACUUCAAAACAAUUUGGAAAGACUUAAGUUGCAUGCAUUUUAUAGAGCAAAGUGGACAAUUGAGCAGUCUAAUUGUAAUAACCAGAACUUGGAGGACAUCUGGAUAAAACUGAAUAGACUUAUCAAGCAGAAUGAAUUGCCGUCUUGCAAUGCUACUAUCCAAAGAUCUUUGGGACAGAUAUGGAUUUUCUGUGAUAUACUAUACUGUGAAUAUGUUAGAAGUAUUCUUAGAGAAAAGCUAAGCCUUACAGAUAAAAUGAAUUUAGUUGUACAUAAAUUUGGAAUUAUAUUUAGUUUAUAACUGUAAGUUUUGUAACAGUAUUGUCUGAAGUAGUUUUUAGGUGGCUUAGUUUUUAAGGAGCUUGAAAUGUACAAACCUCAGAAUAGCUGAUGAAUUAAUGAGGAGAAGAUGACUUUGUUACUUUAGUAUGGUUUUCAAGCUGCAGUAAUGUAUUUAAGUCUAUUGUGUUGGGAAAAUCAUGAAUGGGUCAAUGAGGAUUAGUACAUAUGUUUGCUGUAGUACCUUUUUUAUUUCUUCUUGUCAUCCCUUGUCUAAAGGAGAAAAAAAAAAACAAACCCAAAACUUCCGCACUUAAAUUCUUCAGAAAAUUCCCUUUGGAAUUUUACUUGCUUUUCUUCAUAUGAUAAUGUUUGAAUAAUAGUAUUUUAUUGUAGACGUUGCAUGCCUUUUUGUAGUUCAAAAUGAAGGAUAUUGCUCAAUUUGGAAUGUUGACAUGUAUUUUUAAACUUUAACUGAAGGCUGAAUGAUUUGUGCUAAAAUCUGGUGCAUGUGUGAGAUUUAAUAUUACUGCUUAGCAAAACUAAUAUGACAUGCUAGCCGAAGUAACUAGCAGUUGCUAUUGUAAGGCUUUUGUAGCCAACUUACACAAAUGAAAUUACUUUUUUAUGUUAAAGAUAAUAGUAAUGAAGUUACUUUGUGGUAUCAGAAUUUUUAGAGAUACAGUGGAGUCCGAUACAGAAGUGUUGUGUUUGUAUCUAGAAUCUGAGAAGAAAAGCAAGAGAUAAUCUGUAAUCCUACAAAGACAGAAUACUUUAGUAGUCCCAUUAAAUGUAAUAAUCUACAUGUCUUAA